ACCAUUAUUCAAGCUCAUCAUGGACCCAAAUUUACAGGUCCAAAAUUUCCAAGAAGUAUCAUCAUCUGCACCAGAAAAAAACUCAUCUUGUAUUCCUGCUGGGGGAGUUCUUGUUCAUGGCGGGUUAGAUUCGCUCUACACUUAAAAGAGCUUCCUUAUGAGUACAGAGCAGUUGAUCUUAAGAAAGGAGAGCAAUUUAGUUCAGAGUUUGAUCGGUUAAAUCCACUUCAUUUCGUUCCGGUCAUGGUGCACGGCGAUCUGGUGAUUACAGAUUCAUUUGCAAUCUUAAUGUAUUUGGAAGAAAAGUAUCCCCAAAAUGCACUCUUGCCAAAUGAUCUAAAGCGCAAGGCUAUUAAUUUUCAGGCAGUAAGUAUUGUCAGCUCCAGUAUUCAACCUCUGCAGAUGAUGCGAGUGGUGCUGACCAUUGAGGAAAAGGCUGGUCCAGGAGAAGGACUAUCAUGGGCUCAACAACACAUAGAAAAAGGCUUUAUAGCUCUAGAGCAGUUGUUGAAGGGUAUCUCUGGCAGAUACGCUAUUGGAGAUGAAGUACAUAUGGCUGAUGUUUUUUUAGCUCCACAAAUUGGUAAUGCUAUGAACAGGUUCAAAGUUAAUAUGGUGAAAUUUCCUACUUUGAGUAAGAUGUACGAAUCGUGCAAAGUUCUACCAGCAUUUCAAGCUUGUUUGCCAGAACGCCAACCAGAUGCUGGAAGGAGAAUAUUGGUGUUUAAAAUCAUCAACAAGUUCAUGUGUAAAUCAUUUGCGGAAUGCAGUGAAGGUGUUUGUUAAAAGGACGGGAUGACUUUGGCAGAGUUUAUUACAUUGUUAAUCGGCAAUUUG